GGGUAGGGUGGUCGGUCUGAAUGGGGUAUCCUUUGUAAACUCGAUGGGCCGAAUGGCCUGCUUCCACGCUGUAGGGAGUCUAGGGUUCAUCCACGCGAUGUGAGAUUGAUGGAGGUGGCAGCAUCGUGUGCAGUGGUUGAAAUUUUCAGCAGAGUUACACCGCGUUCGGGAUGUGGUGAUGCCAUUAGUAACCUGGUCCACUCCCCCCCUAGUCCCGUGGGCCUGUCACUGCCUGUGAAAAGGCUGUUUGGUAUGCGCUGGUUGAGAGCACAGCAGCUUCUGGUAGUGAGUGCUAUGAGCUGGUGUAAACGAGAGUGCAGACAGCAUUAGUUUCCGUUUCGAUCCGGCGGCUGCGUCAGUCAAUGUAGCUGUGUGACAGCCCACAGUGUUCAGCUGAGGGAAUUGAAGUAGCCUUGAACUCACGCUGGAGGAGUAACAGUGCACAGCAUUCACAAUCAGUCUCACAGACACGUGUGUGUCUGUGCAAAGGUAGAAGUCACACCAGGUGCCUGGCUUUCCCGAACACACUUGUGGGUCCAGCUCGCCUUCACAGCUGAAUGCAAAAAGGAACUGAGUGCAAGAGAACGAGAAAGCCAUUCAGAAUGGGCGCAGUGAUGGGUACGCUAUCCCUGCCAACAAAACAGAGGAGACAUUCAAGAGAUAAGGUUGAAGAUGAGCUGGAAAUGGCCACAGUUUGCCAUCGGCCCGAGGGCUUACGACAACUACAGGCCCAAACCAACUUCACCAAGAGGGAACUUCAGGUGCUCUAUAGGGGCUUUAAGAACGAAUGUCCCAGUGGAGUUGUCAAUGAGGAGACCUUUAAGCAAAUUUAUUCACAGUUCUUUCCACAGGGAGAUGCCAGCAUGUAUGCGCAUUACCUCUUCAAUGCUUUUGACAGUGCACAUAACGGAUCCAUCAAAUUUGAGGACUUUGUGAUGGCUCUCUCAGUGUUACUGAGGGGUACUGUUCAUGAGAAGCUCAGGUGGACAUUUAACCUCUAUGACAUUAAUAAGGAUGGAUAUAUCAACAAAGAGGAGAUGACUGACAUUGUGAGAGCUAUCUACGACAUGAUGGGGAAGUACACCUAUCCUGUGCUCAAGGACGAUGCUCCACGCCAUCAUGUGGACGUCUUUUUUACAGAAAAUGGACAAGAACAAGGAUGGUGUGGUAACGAUGGAUGAGUUUAUAGAAUCUUGCCUCCAGGAUGAAAAUAUCAUGAGAUCUUUACAACUCUUUGAAAACGUGAUGUAGCCACCCAGAAGGAGCUCCGAGACAGUGGGAUAUUCAUCAGACAGUUUGAGAGAGGGGUUCUGCCUGGACAUUUCUUCUGUUUAUGCAUGUUUCCUGCUGGAGUAGUGUCUAACCAGAAGGAGAUUCUGACACAUUGAUUUUCUACAACAAAAAGCCCAUAAAUGUGCAAAGAACUUUUAACAAGCCAUUUUUGAUGAAAGCAUGAUCCAAUGUCGAGGUGUGUAAAUGGGAAUCAGAGAUUAUUUCCACAGCUGGUGUAUUAAUCUGACUGCUAUCCAAUCAGCCUCAGAGCACACUACAUAUAGAACUGCUCACUACAUUCUAUUUAUCUUUAUUCCUUUCCUUUUUUCUUUACUGUCUUUCCUUUGUUUCUUGUUCCUUCGUCCCUGCCUCAUUUUUCACUUCUUCUCCUACAAUUGUGUUGCUUAUUUCUUAUUAUCUGUUGCUUUUACUGUCUCUGAACAUCCUUCACUGUCUACUCCCCCUCAGUCCUCAAUUCUGCCCUUGUUUCUUUCUUGAUCCCCCUUUUAACUUCUUGUUUCUUUCCCAUUCUCUCUCUGUCUCUCUCCCUUUCUGCCAAAUUGCUUUGUUCCUCUCCCCUUUUCUGUGUCCCUUCCAUUUUCUCUAUCAGUCCUCCUUUGUCUGGACUCUAGUAGCUCACUGUUCUCCAUAUUGCAUUUCUCCCUCUUCAAGAUGUCAUCAACUCCCUGAAGUUCAGUUUCUGUUUCUGGGACCUGGAUUUGUCAGAUUGAGCACUUUUUAUAAAUCUGCCUUCUCAUACCCAGAAAAUAAGCAAAAUAGCCAAUGCAAUUGUGAAUUAUUGUUUUGUAUACAUGCUGCAAAGCAAUGGGUGGAGAUUGGCGUGGACUCUAACAGCUGUGAUAUUUCGCUGAAUGUAAGAUGUCAAAUAUGCUCUGUCGUGUCAUUCGUUGUUAGUAUUAUAUGUCAUUAAAUGAAUAAAUUCUCUGAGCCUUUCUUGGAGAUAGAGUGGGAGCAAAGUUGCUUUGGAUGGUACCUGU